GGAGGCGGGCGCCUGCGCAGUGGCUCCGAGCGGGCGGUUGCUUGUUGGUUGUUGUAGUAACGGGGGAAGCAGCCGUCGGCGGCUGCAGUGAGCCGGGCUGGGGAAGGAGGAGGGUGGUAGGCGCAGAGCGCGGUCCCCGCCGGCCCUCCCGGAGCCAUGGGAAGAUGAGACAGGAAUCAGUGCCACCUAAAUUGUUUGAUCCGGUGAAUCUGCAAGAAAAGGUCUCUGAGGCCCCCAUCUGCUGACUGCAUGACAAACCCUAAAGGAAAUGCCAGUCGUGAUGGCCCGGGACCUGGAGGAAACAGCAUCAUCCUCAGAGGAUGAGGAGGUGGUAAGCCAAGAGGAUCAUCCGUGUAUCAUGUGGACCGGAGGCUGCAGGAGAAUUCCAGUUUUGGUGUUCCACGCUGAGGCUAUUUUGACAAAGGACAACAAUAUUCGAGUAAUUGGAGAACGUUAUCAUUUGUCUUACAAAAUUGUGCGAACAGAUAGUCGCCUGGUACGCAGCAUUCUGACAGCCCAUGGAUUUCAUGAGGUUCACCCAAGCAGCACUGACUAUAACCUAAUGUGGACGGGAUCUCACCUGAAGCCCUUCUUACUUCGCACACUCUCUGAAGCACAAAAGGUUAAUCACUUUCCCAGGUCCUAUGAACUAACCCGGAAAGACCGACUCUACAAAAACAUCAUUCGAAUGCAGCACACACACGGAUUCAAGGCUUUUCACAUCCUCCCUCAGACCUUCCUUCUGCCAGCCGAGUAUGCGGAAUUCUGCAAUUCAUAUUCAAAGGACCGGGGACCUUGGAUAGUAAAACCAGUGGCCUCUUCUAGGGGGCGGGGCGUCUACCUGAUCAACAAUCCGAACCAGAUUUCCCUGGAGGAGAACAUCCUGGUCUCCCGUUACAUUAACAACCCCCUGCUCAUAGACGAUUUCAAGUUUGACGUGCGCCUCUACGUGCUUGUGACUUCCUAUGAUCCUCUUGUCAUCUAUCUCUAUGAAGAGGGAUUGGCUAGGUUUGCAACUGUGAGAUAUGAUCAAGGAGCCAAGAACAUUCGGAACCAGUUUAUGCACCUGACAAACUACAGUGUGAAUAAGAAGAGUGGAGACUAUGUCAGCUGUGAUGAUCCAGAGGUGGAGGAUUAUGGGAACAAAUGGAGCAUGAGUGCCAUGCUUAGGUAUCUGAAACAGGAAGGCAGAGAUACAACUGCAUUGAUGGCCCAUGUGGAAGACCUGAUUAUUAAGACUAUCAUCUCUGCUGAACUAGCUAUUGCUACAGCCUGUAAAACCUUUGUUCCUCACCGCAGCAGUUGUUUUGAACUCUAUGGCUUUGAUGUGCUCAUAGAUUCUACUCUGAAGCCAUGGUUGUUGGAAGUAAAUCUCUCCCCUUCUUUGGCCUGCGAUGCACCUCUGGACCUAAAGAUUAAAGCCAGUAUGAUUUCAGAUAUGUUCACUGUUGUAGGAUUUGUGUGCCAGGAUCCUGCCCAGAGGGCAUCAACCCGGCCAAUUUAUCCCACCUUUGAGUCUUCCAGGCGAAACCCUUUCCAGAAACCUCAGCGUCCAGUGUCUGCACGGUGUCAGUCCUCAGAUGCCAAACUGCGUUCCCGUCCACUGUCUGCCUGUGAUGCGGAAAUGAAAAACCUUGUGGGCUCAGCCCGAGAGAAGGUGCCGGGGAAGUUAGGUGGUUCUGUGCUUGGUCUGUCAAUGGAGGAGAUCAAAGUUUUACGGAGAGUGAAGGAAGAAAAUGAUCGGAGAGGUGGAUUUAUUCGCAUAUUCCCUACAUCGGAGACAUGGGAAAUAUAUGGGUCCUACCUGGAACACAAGACCUCCAUGAACUAUAUGCUGGCAACGCGUCUCUUCCAGGACAGGGGAAACCCAAGAAGAAGCUUAUUGACAGGAAGAACACGACUAGCUGCUGACGGAACCCCGGAACUGAAGGUAGAGAGUAUGAAUUCAAAGGCCAAACUGCACGCUGCCCUCUAUGAGCGGAAGCUCCUGUCUUUGGAGGUGCGAAAACGUCGACGACGGAGUGGCAGAUUGAGGGCAAUGAGGCCAAAAUACCCAGUGAUCACUCAGCCGGCCGAAAUGAAUGUUAAAACUGAGACAGAGAGUGACGAGGAGGAAGAAGUCGCGUUAGACAAUGAAGAUGAAGAGCAGGAGGCUUCCCAGGAGGAAUCCGCAGGGUCCCUUGGAGAAAAUCAAGCCAAAUACACCCCCUCAUUGACUGUUAUGGUAGAAAAUCCGCCCAAAGAAAAUGCCAUGAAAGUUUCUGAAUGGAAUAAUAAAGGUGAACAGUGCUGCAAAAUGGAGACUCAGGAGCCAGAGCCUAAAUUUAACCUGAUGCAGAUUCUACAAGAUAAUGGCAAUCUUAGCAAAGUGCAGGCCCGGAUAGCAUUCUCUGCCUAUCUCCAGCAUGUUCAAAUUCGCCUGAUGAAAGACAGUGGAGGUCAAACGUUCAGUGCCAGUUGGGCCGCCAAAGAGGAUGAACAGAUGGAGCUAGUGGUUCGCUUCCUUAAACGAGCAUCCAGUAACCUCCAACACUCACUGAGGAUGGUACUACCCAGUCGACGAUUGGCACUUCUGGAACGCAGAAGAAUCUUGGCACACCAACUGGGUGAUUUUAUUAUUGUGUACAACAAGGAAACAGAACAGAUGGCUGAAAAGAAAUCGAAGAAGAAACUCGAAGAAGAAGAGGAAGAUGGGGUGAAUACAGAAAAUUUUCAGGAGUUCAUCAGACAAGCAAGUGAGGCUGAGCUGGAGGAGGUGUUGACUUUUUAUACCCAAAAAAACAAGUCUGCAAGCGUCUUCCUGGGGACUCACUCAAAAAGUUCUAAAAACAGCAACAGUUAUUCUGAUAGCGGGGCAAAGGGUGAUCACCCUGAGACGACAGAGGAAGUGAAAAUAAAGCAGCCCAAACAGCAGCAGGCAACAGAAAUUCACUCCGACAAAUUAUCUCGAUUUACUACUUCAGCAGAAAAAGAGGCUAAAUUAGUCUAUACAAAUUCUUCCUCUGCUUCUUUCUCUGGUCCUGCUGCUACUCUUCUGCAGAAAAUUCCCAAUACCCACUUGUCAUCUAUUAUUACAACCUCUGACCUCUCAGCAGGGUCUGGCCACCAUUCUUCUUUAUCUCAGAUUCCUCCAGCUAUCCCCAGCAUGUCUCACCAGCCAACAAUUUUACUGAGCCCAGUCCCUGACAGUGCCUCUCCCUCCAUACAUCCUGGGACACAGAACGCACCAAGCCCUGCUGGCCUGCCACGCUGUCGAUCAGGCAGUUACACCAUUGGCCCCUUUUCCUCUUUCCAAAGUGCUGCACACAUCUAUAGCCAGAAACUGUCUCGUCCCUCUUCAGCAAAGGCAGAUUUGCCUAUUCUGGACAUUCUAUCAGGCUCAUGCCAUCCAAACAAGCCGCACUCAGGAAUGGCUAAAACACAAAGAGAGGGAGAAGAUGGGUCUCUGUACAGCAGACGGUAUAACCCAAGCAUGGUCACGGCCGAGCUGCAGCGGCUGGCUGAGAAGCAGGCAGCCCGCCAGUAUUCCCCAUCCACCCACAUCAGCCUCCUCACCCAGCAGGUAACAAACCUGAAUUUGGCAAGUGGCGUCAUAAACAGAAGCAGUGCUUCAACCCCCCCCACCCUUCGGCCUGUCAUCAGUCCUAGUGGCCCGACAUGGUCAAUACAGUCAGACCCCCAAGCUCCUGAGAGCCACUCCACCCCUCCUGGAAGCAGGUAUGUGAAGGGUCUUAGAGCCAGUGUUUGGGGCGCAGAGACAGCCUGGGUCUGAGGAGGGCCAUUCUCACCUUGAGCUCCCUGCACUGACACCUGGGAGACACGUGCCUUUCCGCCUGUCCCAGUCCUCUGGCACUUGAAUGGAGGGCCUUGGUUUACUCUUAAGACAGUUUGCAGGCAAACCAAAGGCAAAGGAAAUUUCUGAUGCAAUUCAGACAGGUUAAAAGAGGAAGAAUUCCUACUGUGUUCAAUCCUUGCCUGUAGUCCACAUUUUCUUGUUUUGACUUUUGACAUUCUCCCCUGUCUCCUCAUUCUUGUU